AUGCGCGUUCUGGUUAUUGGCGGUUCUGGCCGAUGCGGCAAGCUCGUCAUUGAAGAGCUCCUCAACCGAGGACACCAAGUCACCACUCUGGUCCGGAAUACUACAUCCAUGGGUGAUGCCCGACCCGGUCUGAAGCUCGUCCAAGGCACUCCCACCAACCUCGACGACGUGCGAGCCGCAUUCCAGGCUGAUAUCCCCGAGGUCGUGAUCGUCACUCUGAAUGCUCCCCGCGCCACCGACAGCCCCUUCGCGGCCCCCAUCACCCCGCCGCGCCUCAUGGCAGACUGCAACGCCAACGUCGUCAAGGCCAUGCAGGAAUUCGGCGUCCGCAAGACGGUCAUCCUGCAAGCGUUUGGCGUCGGCGAGUCCUGGGCCAACAUGCACUAUGUACUGCGUCUACUGAUGAGCAAGUCCAACAUGAGCUACCAGUACGAGGACCACAACCAUACCGACCGCGAGGUGCGCGAGAGCGGCGUCAACUUUGUCAUGGUCCGCCCCUCGCGUCUGGUCGAGACGGACGAGACUGAGGUCAAGGUCUGGCCUAACGACGGCAAGGGCGUGGGACUGAUGGCCAGCACGAGCCGUGUCAGUGUCGCGCGCUGGCUCGUCGAUGCGGCGGAGACUACUGAGUGGGACAAUACCGCCCCGGUUAUCACCAACUAA